AUGUAUGUAGGUGCAAGCCCAACACAAAAUUCCAGUCCAGUUCCAACUAACAAUCAUGCAAUUAGUAAAAGAAAAGUAACAACUGUAGAUGAUGUUUUCAAUGACAAUGAUGAAGAAGCUGAACCUAAGAAGAAAAGAAAAUUAAUACCUUUGGAUGAUAAUCAUGAAGAUGAUUUGAACAAAAGUCCUAAUUCUGUGUCACAAAUGACUAUUGAAGAAAAAAGAAAACACAUAAAAAAUUUAAUAGAAAAAAUUCCAACAGAAAAAGCUGAACUGUUUGCUUAUAAUUUAGAUUGGACUGUCGUAGAUAAAAUCCUAAUGGAAAAAAGAAUCCGCCCUUGGAUUAAUAAAAAAAUUGUGGAAUAUAUAGGUGAAGAGGAACCAACAUUAGUUGAAUUUAUCUGUUCUAAAAUAAUGGCUGGUAGUGCAGCGCAAAGUAUUUUAGAUGAUGUUUCAAUGGUCUUAGAUGAAGAAGCUGAAGUUUUUGUUGUUAAAAUGUGGAGGCUACUCAUUUAUGAAAUAGAAGCUAAAAAAUUAGGAUUAGUUUGUAAAGCUGAUGCCACUCAGGAAAAUUCCAUUCAAGGCAAAACAUGAAAUUGACUUCAACAUUCUUAGGUGAAAAUGUUUCUCAGUUCAGGCUAAUACAAGACGUGAAGCCUACCUAAUAACUGCAAUUCUGCAUUGUAAUUAUAUCAUCACAUGAACUUCCAGAGAAAAAUCUCUGUACAUUAACCAGUCAUUGUAAUGUGUG